UGAUAAUAUAUUUUAUUAUUUUUUAUGGUAUCUUCUACAAAUUUAUGAUAUAUGGAAGAGAUCCUGCAUAUGGUUAUAUAUUGAUUGCUUUGCUUAUAAUUAUAUAUAUGUAUUAUACAUUUUGGUUGAUAAUUAAACCUCUGAUAUCUGAUAAAUCUUACAAGCUUAGUUUUUAACAUAAUAAAUAGUGAGCUCAAAUAAUGUCAAAUGACUUUGAUAGUCAACUCACUGAUUCUGAUAUCGAAAAAUUAGAGGAUAUUUUACCUGAAAUCAAUGAGGACAUUUUUUUAUACAAUAAUUUAAAUCUGGAUCUUACUAAUGUUUCAUCUCUAAAAGAAGACAUCCAUGAUUUAUCUGCCAAUAUUAUCGAACCAAACAAUGAAGCCCUUUAUAAAGACAUCCAUGAUAUACCUGCCAAUAUUAUUGAGACAAACAAUGAAGCCUUUUAUAAAGAUAGUUCUUACAUAAAUGAUGAUGUAAAUGAAAAUUUAGCAAAUAAUGAUAAAACAAAUGAUUUGCAAUUACAAAGGGGAGAAUAUCAACCUACAUUUUAUCAAUUUAUUAAAAAGCAAUUCUUUUCAGCUUAUAAUUCAUACCAAGAUAAUGAUGCUAAUUACAUUAAAAAAUGUCAAAAAGUUAGUUCCUUGUUCAAGAUACCCUUUGAAUUGGAAAUUUUUAUUACAUAUGGACUUCUGCAAUGCACAAAUUCUUUCCUUCAACUUUACACAUUUCUUCCCAUAAGAUUUAUUAUAGCUAAUUUUCACCUAGGUUCAAUUCUCAUUCAUUUCUUACAUUCUUUUAUUUAUUUUGGGGAGAGAAAGAGAUUCUCCAGGAAAAAAAGAAUAUUUUACUUAAAAACAGCGGAGGUAUGUGAUCUACUAAAAGGCUAUUUGCUUCUUUUAAGCACCUUAGCAUUCUGUGUGAUUGAUACAUCAAUGGUUUAUCAUAUAGUCAGAGGCCAAGCAAUUAUAAAAUUAUAUCUCUUUUUUAACAUGCUGGAGAUAGCAGACAGGCUCUGUACUUCUUUAGGUCAAGAUAUACUAGAGUCUCUCUAUUGGGCCGCUACUUUUGACUCCAAUAAAAUAAGGUCUAGUGAUUCUAAGGACUCUAAUGGUCACCUAGGCUUAGCCAUUCAUUUCAUGUUAGCAUUGAUCUAUCUUUUCAUUCAUGCAUUUUUGAUUUUGCUUCAAGCAACAACAUUAAAUGUAGCAUUUAAUUCCCACAAUAAAGCUUUGCUCUCCAUCAUGAUAUCCAACAACUUUGUUGAACUGAAAGGCAAUGUUUUCAAAAAAUUUGAAAAUGCCAAUCUUUUCCAGAUGACAUGCAGUGAUGUUCGGGAAAGAUUUAACUAUUUUGUGAUCCUGAGUGUUGUUUUUCUACGUAACAUGACUGAGUUUUCCUGGGACAUUAAUCAUUUUUUCCAACUUUUCCCAGAUAUGGCUCUCGUUUUAAUGUGUGAAAUUUUUGUAGAUUGGAUCAAACAUGCAUUUAUUACAAAAUUCAAUGAUAUUCAUCAUGAAGUUUAUCGAGACUACACUUUAUACUUGGCCAAGGAUGCUGUUAUGAGAGAUAACAAUAAUAUUAAUUUAAUUAACAAUGCAGAUGGAGACAAAUAUGAUCCUAACAUUAAUAAAAAUAUCUUUACAGAUAGCAAUUCAGAUCUGGUCUGUAAGCAGACUGGAUUCACCCCACUUCCGUUAGCAGUCAUAUUCCUGAAAACAGCAUUCCAGUCCAUGAGAGCGUCUAAUGUGUCCUUCCUUUCCACUAAAUAUCAUGAUUUAUCUAAAGAGUUAAAACAAAAUAAUUUAUAUACAUUUAAAAAAUUUAAAUUUAUUUGCUCAUUAUUUGUUCAGAUAUUUCGACACAUAAACACAUGUAACAUAUUUAUUGUUUUUUUAUUCAUUUCUAACAUUUUCUUGGUGAAGAUUUGGGCAAACAUCCUAGUCUUAGGAAUAGGCUACAAUAUUUGCUCCCUUUUUAAAGAAAAAAAUAAAACAUAAUUUAAAAAUGUUAUUAUUAUUUAUUUAUAACCUAAUAAAUUAGAU